GCUUACUUGUACAUGAAGUCAAGUGAGCGAACGAGAUCCAUAUUUUUACGUCACAAUAGUCUGACGUCAUAAAGAAUUGGACGUAGUAACACAAUGAGAAUGUCACAGUAAACAAUGCGUGCCUCAAAGAGUGAUCCCGUUUGUUACACUUCCCAGAAGAAAUGCGAGUGUGAGCGCAAGAAACAAGCAAAAAAGAUACCAAAUGCCGAGAGGAAGCCGCGAUGCGAGGGCAUCGUUCAGCAAGAGAUGGAACAGAAAUACUAUGGACUCCUGAAAGAAUACAGGCGGGUGCAGGAACAAGAGGCCACACUCAGAAACAACAUGGCUCUACUGCGGGCUGAACUGAUUCUGUGUCAAACACAGACUUAUCAUCGCGGUCGGGAGGAUUUACGCCGCAUCACAUUGGAACCAUUGGAGAUACGGCGGAUUGAUUCCAAGUGGUCCAGGAACCACCUACAAUCUAAUUCAGUAAAGCGUCCCUAUAUUGUAGAAAAGUACGUGUCCGAGCUGGGAGGCGGUACUUUGAAGAGAGUUCCCCGACAAUAUUCCCGAUUACGAUACACAUUCCCUGCAAUCCAAAAACAUCAGAACCUUGUCAAUGAAAAAGCCGUAAAAAGGGGUAAAACCAAAAAGCCUGAAUUUGGUGACAAUAAAAGUUCGGGACAACGUAGUGAGUCGUCCGCUGACAAAUGUGCCUGCUCGCAUUGUGUGGAUUUCCCGCCAUGCGUUGUCCAGCCUCCCCGUGUGUUGAUUGCUAGGACACCAACCCCGGUAUAUUCAACUAAUUACAGACUGCAAAAGAAAGCUCUGCCCGAAAUUCACGUGAAAGGAUAGUAAAUUACAUUAAUAACUAUUUGAAGUAGAAGUUCAGGUUUGGUUGAAGAAAUUUAGUUUCGUUAUUUAAAAUAAACUUCAAAAUUAAUUUGGCUUUUUAGCGGCAAUUGAUAUCGCAUUUUUUCAGUUC